AUGCCGAUACUCGAAGCUCCUACUCCACCUCGAGCGAAUGGGCAUAUGAACGGUACCAGUCCCUCUAAAAGAUCUCCCACUCAAGCGCUUUACAAUGGAUUCACCACCUCGCAUUCGAUGCAAUCUAUAGCUUCGUGCUCUACAACCGCUCAUGAGAAUGAGAUGAAUGGACGUUCAGACCCUGGGAUAGACGAUGAGAGGAUGAAUAUGGACCAGGAAGAAGAUGGUGAUGAAGGAUUUUCAGAAGCGAGUGAGGAAGAAGAUGACUAUCCCAAUGUACAUGUCGAGGUCCGAUUAUAUCCCGAUACUCGCAUAUCCGAUCAUUCAAGGAUUGUAUACUGGGUGAAAGAACAUAUUCUUUCGGAUGUUCCUGAAAUCUUCUUGGGAUCGUAUUUAUCGGGAUGGGAUAAACAUCAGGAACUAGGGGCACAUGUAGAAAAAGUGUGGAUAGAGGAAGGUGACCAGCGUACGGUAGAUACGAAACAGGCGGAUUUGAAUAUACAUGUUUAUCAGCCGAAACGACAUGAAUAUAUAGAAGAUUUCAAUAAUGAAUUGGAAGAUUACGAUGAUGAAGAUACUGUUACUGCUGGAUCAAUGAGAUCAUUACCUUCCAGUGAACUAGAUGGUCUAUGGCAAACUUUGAUAUAUUCCGAUAAUCUGAAAUCCCGAUUACUGAAUUUCUGUUAUUCAACAACGUUCUUUUCUGACCAAGGAGUGGAUUCCAAUAUCAUCGCUUGGAAUAGGGUGAUACUUCUUCAUGGUCCACCGGGUACAGGUAAAACAUCAUUAUGUCGCGCUUUAGCUCAAAAGAUAGCCAUAAGGAUGAGACCAAACUAUCCACAAGCCAAAUUGAUCGAAAUCAACUCGCAUUCAUUGUUCUCCAAAUGGUUCUCUGAGUCUGGGAAAUUGGUUCAGAAGCUGUUUGAUACGAUAACGAAGGAGGUGGAUGAUGAUAGACAAUUUGUAGUGGUCAUGAUAGACGAGGUGGAAUCUCUCACUGCUGCUAGAGCAGCUGCAAUGACGGGUAAUGAACCCUCCGACUCGUUGAGAGUGGUCAAUGCGUUGUUAACUCAACUGGAUCGAUUGAGAAUAAGGAAGAACGUGUUAGUCAUGACUACGUCGAAUCUACUAGAUGCAAUCGACGAGGCAUUCCUAUCUCGUGUGGAUUUAUCCGAACUCGUCCCUCUCCCACCAGCCGAAGCAGUGUAUUCAAUCCUAAAAGGAUGUAUCGACGAGAUGAUGAUUCGGGAUAUGAUCAAGAAACGUAAUUUGUUAGAUUACAGGAGAGCGUCAGAUUUUUCAGGUAUGUGGGAAAUUCGGAAAGAUAAGAUUCAGAAAUAUAGUGGAGGGUUGGCAGCGUUGGCUGAUAGAUGUUAUGAAUUGGAAAUUUCCGGUCGAACGUUGAGAAAAUUACCUGUCUUAGCUCAUACCAACAAACUCAGUUCGACCUCUGGGAAGGACAGGAGGAGGACGUUGGGUGAUUGGAUAAAAGCAAUGUUGGAUAUUGUAGAACGUCAAUAUCGGAAUGGUAAAUCAACAUUAGCGAAAGAAGGACCAAUAAAGGAUGUUAAUGUUCAUAGUCAUAAUCAUUCUCAUUCUCAUACUAAGAGCUUAAGUAUUGAUAAGAGUCAGGUUGGGAUGAAGAUAGCUAUGGAAGGAGGUAAGGAUUGGAGAUAA